CCAGAACGGCCCCAAACACCGACAGACUCAAACGAGCGUUACACACACACAAGAUAAACAGAUGGACAAACCCACUGCACCUGCGCGCCUACACACACUCACACAUACACAAGUCCUGCAAGCUACACACCCACGGCUCAAUCAGUGAGUGCCCCACUCCCUCCCCCCGCCACCCACACCACACCCCACACCCCCAGUCAUGUCAUGCUUUGAGCAGCCAGUCGGCCUUGCGACGGUCGAUGAGGUCCCGCGCCUCUUCAACCACCUCCUGCCCCUCCACCCCAAACUCCCCGCCCAUGAUUCGCCGUGCGUCCUGAUAGGCCAUGUGGAGCAGCUCCCUCUCCUCUGGCGGGUCGACGCCCGGCGGUGGCCGCAGGUCCGACUCGCCGUGCUGCGCCGUACCGAAGACCGUCCCCUCACCCCGGAUGGUCAGGUCCUCCUCCGCCAAUACAAACCCGUCGUACGUCGCACACAUGACUGCAAACCGACGACGGGCCUUGACAGUCAACUGCAUGGCAUACAUAUGGAAGGGAGAGAGCACCACCGGAAUGAAAUGGUCGGUCUGUCUGUCUGUCCGUUUGCCCGUUUGUUUCUCUUAUUACGUUUUCGGCGCCGUCUUGGUCGGUGAAUUGGGUGAGGAGGAGGCAGGAUGCCGGGUCGGUGGAUCGUCCGACGCGGCCCCUGAGCUGGUGCAGCUGGCAGAGGCCGAACCGGUGUGCGUCGUCGACGACCAUGAUGGAUGCGGACGGGAUGUCAAUGCCCACCUCAAUCACAGUCGUCGCCACCAAGAUGUCCACACGCCUAGGCACAUGAGGGAGGGAAGUCCGGCCAUUCACACAAGGGGUGAGUCUUGGUUUCUAUACCGUUGCCGGAAUUCUUCCAUGACGGCCUCCUUGUGGCUCGGCCGCAUCUGCCCGUGCAUGAGACCGAACCUGAUCUCAGGCAGCAGCUGCUGCAGCCGGGCGUGCUCCUCAAUCGCUGCUCGCGCCUGGACAAAGAGGCAACGAUGUCACUCACUUGCAGUAGGAUAGACACAUUCCUAUCAACCACCCGCCGUGCCGUACCUCGAUUCGUUCGCUGACGUUGACGAGGGGGCAGACCCAGUAGCCCUGCCGCCCCUCUGAUACCUCUUGCCGCAGCCGCUCGUAAACCGACGCCAUCGUGUGGUUGUCCGCCUUGUCUAUCACCUCUGUCGCCACCUCACGGCGACCUGCACACACAACAGAGUGAAUGAAUGUCGGAGACGACGCUGUGCAAAGGGGCCUGCCUGCCUGCCUGCUUGUUUUGUUUAUCACCAGGUGGCAUUUCGUCGAGUCGUGAUUCGAGCAGGUCGCCGUACUGCGUCAUGACCUGUGUGCGGGGGAUGGGCGUGGCCGUCAUCAGCAGCACAUCAGGAGUGCAGCCGCCCGCCAGCUGACCCUUCACACGCAGUACCACUCGCUGAUUCACACCGAACCUGAAUCAAUCAAUAUGUAUGUGACCCCCAUGUGUGUGUGGAUGGGAUGGGCAGGAGGUUUUGGUGUGCACCGCACCCACCUGUGUUGUUCGUCGACAACCACCAGGCCCAGCUUGUAGUAGUGGACAGUGUCCUCCAGCAGAGCGUGUGUGCCCACCACAAUGUCCACCAGGCCAGUCUGACGCAUCCAGACGUCCAUUGAGGGAGGACACAUCCCGACGUCCAGCUGGUCUGUUUGUCUGUCUGUCUGUCUGUCUGCGCGUCUCACCUUGAGCCCCUCGAUGGUGUCCUGUCGGUCCGGCGAGUCUGACGUCAGCAGCUCGAUGCGAAUACCCAUCGGAGCGCACAGACGGCGCAACCUGAUUGACGGACGACCAACACAAAGCAGCAGCCGGCCACGUGUUGGUGUGUUAACAGAUCAUCUGCAUGUCUGUACCUAUGGCUUGCUUACGUGAGGUAGUGCUGUCCUGCAAGGUUCUCGGUCGGCGCGAGCACCGCGCCCUGCCGCCCCGACCCCACUGCCUGCAGCAGCGCACCCACGGCCACCACUGUCUUGCCCGCACCGACGUCACCCUGACAGACACACACCAGACAGACACUCACAUGUGCGGACGGACAUCAGACGUGCAUCUUCUCCCCCUCCUGACCUGCAGGAGUCUGUGCAUGGGGUGGUCGGCGGCCAUGUCGGUGGUGACCUCAUCGAGUACCCGCCGCUGUGCGUUGGUGAGGUUGAAGGGCAGACUCUCCAGGAACCGCCGCAUCAUGCUGCCGUCCCCUCCCGUGUUGGCCACUCCAGGCCACCGGCGGCUGAUGGCCUCGCGACGAUGCAGCACUGAAAGAAGACCGCACAUAAACACACAGAUACAUACCAACAGGCACACAUGAUCGAUAAUCAACUAGGUGGAUGGAUGGAUGGCUGGCUGGAUGUCACUUCACCUACCGGCGAGCUGCAUGCGCAAAAGAGAGUCGUAGUACAACCGACGUCUCGCCUCUGGCACCUCCUCUACUGACUGUGGAAAAUGGAGACGACGGACGGCCUCGCCGCGACCUGAAUCAAUCAACAGGGAUAACAAACACACACCUGAUGCACACACACACGGAUCCAGCCAGCCCUAUGGAACCUAACCUACCAAUGAGCUUCCUUUCCUCGAUGAGUCGUUGUGGCAGUGCCUCACGCACCACAGGGAAGGCUUCCAGCGCCUGCUGCAUCACACUCAGCAGUAUCUUGGGCGGGAUGCCACCCACACCACCAUACAGCGGCACCACUCGCCCCGUGAAGCCUGUCGCUGGUGAGGCGUCGUCAUUGUCGUCGGACGGCUGGUUGAUAGCGGCGCUAAGCGCCUGGAUGGUGGUGCCGGGGGGCACUGGGGGUGGUGCGCUGGGGUCUGAUGAAGGCGGGGGUGCGUUGAAGGGGUCGAAAAUGACCUGCACGUCGGGCGUCCGCAUCUCCAGACCGCCCUUACGGCGCUCAACCUGACACCAAAGAACGACAAAGCAGCAUCCAUCCAUCCAUCCCUCCAUCCAUCCAUCCAUCCAUCAUGUACCUUCCCGCCGAGUGCGACGACCAUGCCCUUCCUGAGCUGUGCGGCCCUGAACUCCUGGUUGAACCACACAGCGGACAGCCGCCCACCCGCCUCGUCCUUGACCACCACCUUGGUGAUCCGCGUGCCCGUCCUGGCCUUGAAGUGCGACAUGCUCGCGAUCUCCCCACACACAGUCACCUCCCUCUCGAGAGCAGCGUCGUCGGCCGCACGCUCCUUGGGGGUUGACGGGCGACGGCGGCUGGGCAGCAGGGUCUUGAUGGAAGACACAUCCUGAUUGAAUCAACGAGUGAGUGAAUGACCACACACACACGCCCAGCCCAGCUCACCUCUCGGUCGACGUAUCUUCUUGGGAAGAAAAGCAGCAAAUCCGAGAUGGAGUGCACGUUUGCCUCAGCCAGCACCAUCUGUCGCUUGCUCGAGAUGCCUUUCAACCGCGUGACGGAGAUGCGGCUCAGAUCUCGCAGCGAGACGCCCUCGUUGCUCUGCAGCAGCACCUUACGCGCCUCGGCCAGCGGCAGCCACUCCAACCUAACACCAUCGAACGGCCUCCUACCACCACCACCUUCAGUCGUAUCGACGCGCGGCCGCGAUGCCACUGGCCGGGCGGGCGGCUCCUUGAGUGCAGCACUCAGCCUCGGUUGCAGUGCAUCACGGUGAGAUAAGUGCCGCCUUCGCUGCCUAUUGUCGUGUGGAUGAGGUCCGUGCCGUCCUCGCAGAGCCACUAGUGAUGUGAAGGCCAGCUGGUGGGCGGCAGACAGGACGACCAUCGAUGUGAAGCAGACCACGACGAGCAGAAGCAUGCUACGCUCCCUGCAGGAGAGAUCUACAUGUGAUCUGCAGGAUCAGACCUGCACGCUUUGCCAGGAUGUGUCUGAAGCGACAAUAAGCAGCUUGCACAGCCGGAAAGAGACAAACGGCGCGAGGCAGAAC